UGGCUUAUUUUUCCUUCGUCCCCACAGAAAGGAAGUGGGGCCAUUUUAAACACCGUGAAGACAAAGGCAAACCCUGCUAUGAAGACCGUCUACAAAUUUGCAAAAGAUCAUGCAAAAAUGGGAAUAAGGGAGGUGAAAAAUCGCUUGAAGCAAAAGGACAUCAGUGAAAAUGGCUGUUCCACCAUGCCAGAAGAGUCAACCUCAAGAACGACGCCCUCUCCCUUGGCUGAAAAGAGGGACCCCAAACUCCGAGAUGACCGGCGACCCAUCACUGUUCACUUUGGCCAGCCAAGCACACGACCGGUGAGACCUCCACUUCCCAAGAUCCAUCGCUCCACCAAGCCCGUUCGGCCGCCCAGACCGCAAGUUGUGCGAAGACCCAAAGGCAACGUUGCUGCGGAUGGUCGAAGGACAUCGGUCUCCAGCCCAGAACAGCCUCAGCCCUAUCGAGCUCUAAAAGAAUCUGAUAGCGGUGACGGAGAAGAAGGCAUCAGUCCUGAGAGAUUCCAAGAUGACAUCCAGGUUGACCCAACCACUCCAGAAAGCCCUGCAGAUAUCAGUCUUCUGGAAGACAUUUUUGCAGGACUGGAGGUGGCAACACAACCACAACCGCUCAGCCAAGCCAGGAGCUUAGAAGAUCUGAGGACUUCCAAAGAGGAAGAAGACCAACAAUGCUCCUUUGAUUAUCAGCGGAUGGAUCUUGGUUUUGCCGAAAAGAGCUGGACCACCCCAGGGAUGAAGUUUUCGCACCCUUAUAAGCAGUUCUGGGGCCUAGGCCACGAUGACAUGGCCCUUUCCACCAAGUACUCCCCCAAAUCUCCAGAGAGACCCCUGAGAAGUGUGCCUCCUGUCCCCAGGAGGCCUCAGAGCAGAGAGGCCAUUCUGGACCUUCCCGAGAAGGAAGUUGGGAGUUCUCCUGCUGCCCAAGGGAAUAUCACCAUCCCACGACCUCAGGGGAAGAAGACACCAGAGCUGGGCAUUGUCCCACCACCCCCUCCACCCCGGCUUUCCAAGCAGCAGGCACCCCCAGAAGCUGCCCCUUGCCUUGCAGGGCCUGGCAACCUGUCCUCGGAGCUUCUGCAGGAGACCUUUGCAAACGUCUCUCUGGACCGGCCACUGGCUGCUUUUGCUCCUCACCAAGUCCAGCUUUCGUCCACUGCCAUCACCGAAGGAGAUCUGCUCCAACCAGUUAAGGUCAAUGCAGAAGGCACGAGUGGAGACAGCGAGUCCCUCCUUGCUCUUCUAGAUCCACUGAAGUCAGGAGAAGGUCAAGAUGCCCGCUUUCCGAUGGGCUCCCAAAGCCAGCUGGGUUCCUCAUCCCCCAGCCCUGCUGGCAGCUUCCCAUCCACAGAAGAAGACCUCAUGCCCUCUACAUCAGCACCCUUUCGUCAAUUGCUGGGAUACCCUCCCUCGGUGACACCCUUUGGGCCACCGUCUCUCAACCCCUUCGUGCAGGCCGUGCCAGCGCCCCUGCCGCUCACUCUGGUCAGGGCCCCGGGUGGCCCGUUUGCUCCCUCGUUGGGCCAUGCUUACAGUUCCAGCUACAUCACGUCCAACUCCGGCUUCUUCCAGCCCCAGAGGCCUCCCCUCAACCCUCUGACCCUCUCCAUGCCCAACCUCUUUGCCAAGUCUCCCUCAGCUCCACCGCCAGCUCCGCUGCUUUCCCAGAGCGGCGUCCUUCGACCGACGCAGCCCUGUGCCCCUUCUAAGAUCCGGACAUUGCCUCUUACUCACUCUGCGGUCAAGACGAGGCAGGCGGCGAGGCCCAGCAACCUCCCACUCCUGCCCCCCAAGACCAAGGUUGGAGACCCUGCCUUGUGUCCCUCUAAGACUCCGCUGGCUAAAGACCCCUUUGAAGACUUGAUAAAUAAAACCAAGCAAGAAGUGUCCGUCACACCCGGUAAAGUCGAGCAGUUAAGGAGGCAGUGGGAAACGUUUGAAUGAGCCCAGUUGGCAUCCGAGACUACUGAAUGUUGGGUCCACAGAAAGAGCAGUAUUUCCCCGAGCAAAGACAGGUCAACCAGCUGGCACUGCUUCCUCCCUAUUAGGAGAAAGGCCUGGCUGAGCCCUGAAUAGGAACAAGGAAGCCCCUCCUCUUCACCAUUUUGCCCACCACCGUCCUUGGAAAGGUGAUCUGGGCUCCUUGACAUUCUUCCACUUUUCCUCAAGAUAAGUAGACAAUAAGGUCAACCUUGCAUCCCCAUAAUCAUGGUCCUAUCACAAUUCCCCAGGUAAGCACUUGCCUCCAUGACCAGGUGUCCAAUCCAAACCAAGUUGAUCAUGAUCUGAACCUUUCCAGUUCAUUUUGUCGUACUUUCUCCAACGUAUGUUUGGCCGCAUGGAUUCAAGGCCCCAUGCGGUCCCUCCAACUCCCGUACCGGUCCCUCCAGAUCUCUACGCACAACAGUCUCCCCUUUCCUAAGCCACCCCUUUCAUGCCUCCGGGUUUUAGCAUUCGGGUGGUAGCACCACACCAUUUUUCAGGGAAGCUAGGACGUAACUCUUCAUACUCAUCCACCAGUUGGCACUACCAGCAAUUGUUAACUUUUUUUAAAGAGCAAGACACACGAUCAUGGUGUCCCCAAGCCCUCCUCUCACUGUGCUGACGUUACAUGAACAUAUAUGUGUAGAGUUAUUAAAGUGUUACUCGGCGGCUUCCUUCCCUGGAUGGGAGGAGGAGGAGGAUCUCUGCAAUACCCUGGUCUAUUAUGAAAGAUGUCGAUGGACAACAGCAUCCACCUGCUGCCUGAUGGAACAGGGAUGGUGGUGUUGGUAGGACGGCGAUGAUAGACACAAAAUGACUUUCACCCCUGGUUGUGGACUAAUUGGCUUUGGUCUUCAUAACCUGAAAGCCAGAAGUCCUUCUGUCUCUGUUUCAUCUUCUUUCUCAACUCCUACUGAAGACCAAGUUUUCCAUCUAGGAUGUUUUGGGAAAAGGACCCCCCACACCACAAAAUUCAGACCCACUCAUGGACCUCUCUUUACACCUGCCUCUCCUUUCUUUUCCUCACUUAAAUUUGGGGAGGGGGGGAUUUAAAAAAAAAACCCUGGGCAGUUUGUUGUUAUUUGAAUCACUCGUUGUGUGGGAAUUAGGCUAGCCAAUUGUCUAUGUCCACAAGAACUCACUGUAUAGAUCACCACUCUUCAACGCCAUCUCUGGCUCCCCGAUGGGUUUCCUCCCAUUUCUAUCACCCUUGAUGAGGUUUUCCUACCAGUUGAAGAGUUAGUUUGGCUUCCAUCUCUACCCCUAAGCCUGUAGACCCCAAGAACCUGGUUGAUUCCUCCAAACAUGGGGACAAUCCACCUCUAGAUCUUCUGUCGGCCUCUGUCCAAAAACCGUGGCUUUUGAGGAAGCCCUUUCCAUGUUUUGUAUAAUCCCUUUUCCUGGGGGGAGGGGAAGGAAUAUGUUUUUUGAUAUUAACCUACUUCUGGAUAGUAAAAUAUUUGAAGCCCA